CAAAUUUAUUAAAGAAAUUCACAACUUUUGAGAAUGGCAAGUCCAUUGGUCGGGGAUUUGGAAAUUCCAAGGAUGCUACUGAUAUAAUGACCGAGAAUUUUAGGACCCAACUAGUCAAUAUGGGUACGCGUGCUCAAGCCUUUAAGGCGAAGUUACGCUGUCUUCAUGAACAUCAUGUGCGUCUACUACAUAAUGUCUUACCAGCGCCCUCUGGCGUAGAUAUUGCUAACAAUAUCAAAUACUUUUCUCAAACUCUAUUAACUGUCCUUAAAGAUGUGCGCACCUCACCACACGAUCUUAUACGCAAUCCCUCUGAAGAUCCUACACGCAUGUCUGCCUAUCCCACACUCGAAUAUGGAAAUCUUUAUAAUGCCCUAACUAUGUUAAUUGAUGUAGCACCUUGCAUACAAUAUGGACAAAUUGUUUUUGGAAAAGCUCUACUACAAUGUCUCUGUUGCAUCCUGCCAUUUUUGGACAAGGAUCUUAUCGAUAAUCUACCUUAUUUAGCCAGCUCUACUAUAUCUGUAUUACCCCCAGCUUUACAUCAAGAUAUCGUCAAUGCUCUAUGCUAUUAUAUAUUACCAUUCACAAUAACUCGACGCAGUGCCGAUGAACAGGAAUCACAAGCCUGUCAAUCAGUGUCGUCAGUUAUAAUGAUGGUCUUACAGUACUCUAAUAAUCCUGCUCAUCAUUGUCAACUCCUGGAAUGCCUAAUGACUCUAAAACAUAAUGUCGUCAAAGAUAUUCUAUGUGUCAUUGCCUAUGGCACCUCAGUCUCACGAUCUUCGGCUGCAAAAUUACUAUUCUAUUAUUGGCCAGCUUUUGAUCCGAACCUAUUUGACAGAAAGGUCCUACUCUCGAAAUUAACAAAUGAUUUGGUACCGUUUGUUUGUCAACGUGAGCAUUGUCCCAAUGCUGGAAAUGCCGAAGCCGCCAAAGUCUGUUUCGAUCACAGCAUUAGCAUUACGUACGCUCCCGAUUGCCCACCGCCCCUGUACUUGUGUAUUGAAUGUGCCAACGAGAUUCAUCGUGAACAUGCCAAUUUGGAGUUCGGUGAUAUCCUGCAUCCCAUGCAACAAGUUUCGAUGGUGUGUGAAAAUAAAAAUUGCCGUUCGACAGAAAAGUCGGCGUUCUCCAUCUGUUUCUCCACUGAAUGUGCCAGCUAUAAUGGCAAUCAUCCGAUCCGAUAUUGUUCUCAGUGUCACAGUAAUCGUCAUAAUUCACGACGUGGUGGCGAUCAUGUGGUACAUCGUAGUUUACCUCCCGCCUGGCAAAUGGAUCCCGAAAUGCAAAUGCACAUGGUGGAGUGUGUGGUGAGUUUGCUACGCGAAGCUAAGCCAUUGAAUUUUGAACCGGGCAAAGAGAGUUCGGAUUCAAAGAAAAAUGGUUCAGGUGGUGUUGGAGGCGGUGGCGGAAAUGGUAGCAUGCCUGAUGCAAUCUCUCCGGAGGAACGACAAAUGUUGGGAAGAUAUGGUAUUUGGUUAUUGGUGGGGCGUUGUACUCCCACAGAUGAUACCCCAGUGGAGAUAUUGGGAAGGAUUUUAAGUAUGUUGUUCCAUUGGUUCCAUGUUACCGCGUAUUCCUAUGAUGCCGGCCAGAUAGAGAGCACAAUUGAAAAAUUGAAAACGGAACAUGUUGUGGAUUGGCUAAAGGAAAUUUGUCGCAUACACUACAAUGUUUUCACCUCCUGCUUGCUACCACAUCCCCCAGAAUAUGCACGAGUGGGCGGCCACUGGGAAACAUUGGCAUCACGGACUUCACACCUCAAGGAAGGUCUACAACGCCUCAUUUGCUUGGUACCCUAUGAGGUUAUCACUUCGGAAAUAUGGGAUUAUGUUAUGCCACAUUGGAUGGAGGCCAUAACCAAUGAUGUGGCCGAAAAGGAACUCAACGAACUGAAAAUUGUACUUAGUAAAAUUUUAGAUCCUGAAAUGUCACCCUUAGGUUUUGAUGCAAAAACUAUGUACAACUUCGUGGCAAUACGUUUUGAAAAGACUACAGCCAAGGUCCAGCAGCAAGCUUUGCGAUGGCUUCAGAUACUCUCGAAAUUGGGUAUUUUAAUCCCAUUGGUCCAAUUGUUCGCCAUGUUCGGUGAUGGUGUACGCAUUAUGAAAUAUGGUGUACAACAUGAACUAAUGCGCGAAAAGGAGGGAGGAGGUAUUUGCCGUUCUGGCGUUAAGGCCAUACCAAGAGAACCGAAAAAUGAUCCACCGCGCAGGAGUUCAAUAUCUCCCGUUGUUGAAGAUGACUCCAGUAAUACAUCAGCCAUAUCUGAUGAUGAGGCUCCCACAAAUUGUCACACAGAAUUCUCAACGGAUUCGGAACAUAAUUUAACUUGUUGCAUCUUAAUGUUGGACAUACUUCUGAAGCAAAUGGAACUACAGGAUAUCGAACAACAUUUGGGCAUUCAUACAACGGUGUGCGAAAAUGUUUCCCGGCUAUUGAAGUGCAUGGUAACUGCAGCCAGGGUGGGUCUCAGCAGUCACGUUUGUUCAUUGAAGGUUGCUGAAUGUGCUUACUGUGAAGCAUCGAUAAUGUGGCAUCAAUUAUCAACGAAACUAGUACAAUUUAUGGCUCCACUGAAUCCUCUAAGGCCACCAGAUGUACCCAUUGAAGAAAUUAUCGAAGAAGAGAAAUCCUCACGUAAAAGUCCACCGGAAAGCGACAAGGAGAAGACUCGCGAACGUGAUGUCUCACUUUCUAUGGCUCCAUUACCCAUACCCUUGGGACCGCUGGGAGGAUUUUCAGGUCCAGUACCAGUGGCGGUACCACAGCCCGAACCGCAUUCUGUGGGUGGAGUUCUUGUACACAUGCCGCAUGUGUGUUCGAAGAACGAUAAUGGCCAUUCGGUUGAUAGUAUUGAAUUGAGAAAAGUUCACGCUACAGACGAGAUAAUGACCGCAACUGUUGAAACAGUAUCGGAACAAUUGGAUUUGGCAUCUAUAUUGCCACCGGAUCGUGCCAUUGCUAGAUCCAUAACAUUAUCGGAUGCAGAUGUUGGAAGUGCAAAUGUUAGCGUUACCAAGGCCUCGGUUUUGGGCGGUGACAAUGGUAACGGAAGUACUGGCGGAGCUGUUGGCUUGGAAAAUGGCAGUCUAUCCGACGAGGACGAGGAAGAUGAUGACGAUGAGAAUUUCUGGCAUACUUCUGUGGGUAAAUUUAAAUUCACCUUGGAUACAUUGCCGCAGACCUUGCAGUAUAUACAUCAGUUAUUGACGGAAAUACCAACCAUCAAAAAACCAGAAAUACUCUACUACGUUCUGCAAUGUUUAAAUGUCAUGGCCUUGCAUGGUGAUGCCCUGACAAAGGCUGCCCGAGAACAUCGUGGUUUCUUUAUAUGGUGUCAGGAGAAUUUACUGAUAAAGAACCUCUGGGAACUUUGCAAUGCCGAACAUUCGCACAUCUGUCAAGUUGGAGUUCCGCUGCUUUUGCACUGCAUUACAUUACCCCUGGGUUCGGAUGUAUUUUGGCGUGUGGUCCAAGAGGCCUUUCACGAUACCGAUUGGCGUGUCCGAUUCACAGCAGUUGAACGAGUCACUGUAAUUACACGUUUUAUGGAUUCCACACCGCUGCGCACCGAAGUUGGCCUGCAAACGGCAUUGGCUACGGCAUUUUGUCAUUUAAUUGCCAGCAUGGAUGACAUUAAUGUCUAUGUAGCCCAGAGGGCUACACUGUACAUUGGAACCAUACAUGAUACGGCAAUUCGGUCACUCCUCUUCUGCUUGGAAUCACAAUUCGAUUUAUUUAUUGUUGACCGUCCCGUGGUAUUACAGUCAGUUUAUCAGCUGCAUAACUCUUUGUCGGAUCGUAAAGUUUUGACAUGGGAAUUCUUUUUGAAUCGUUUCGAUACGUUGUUUGUGGAGGCCCAAAUUACGCUGGAGAAAUGUGGUGAUAUUUCUUAUUUAAGAGAUUUAAGGAAUUCCGAAAAUGGCAGUGAGGCUUUGUCAUCGAAAAUAUUAAAGGCCCGUGAGGCCUUAAGUCAAAAUGAUUCGGCAACUGUGGGUAUGGCGAAGACCCUGAGUGCAUCGUUUGGCACCAAAUGGCCCUAUAAAAGAACCAUGUCAGCACCGGCCAGCAUGAUACCCAGACAGGAUUCGAAAUUUGUACCCGACAAAGAGAAAAUCUACAGCCGCCAAAUAUCGGCCCCAAUCUUAAAACGGAAAACUUCACGCUUUGGUUUGGAUGGUCAUAUCCAUUCGCUGAGCGGCAUGAAUGAUGAUGCCUUGGUUGGUCUGCUAAGUCGCAUUACGGAAUUGGAAGAAUCGGAUCGUGAAACAAUACAUUUGUUGGUGUUUUUAUUAAUGCAAUUUAUGUCAAGGCCUGAUCAGGCUUUCCCCUCUGAGGAUAAACCGAUUUCGAAGACUCAGGGUAUUGUCUUGAAACAUCUGUUCUUGCUGUUGGGCCAUAAUCAAAUUGACAAGACAUUCCAUACAUCGCCGGAGAAUUUAAGAGCCUCUGCUGUCUUCAAUGCCUUUAUGGCCAAUUUACCACAAGUUUUGGAUCAAAAUCACCUAAUUGGUGGACUCAUUUUACCCUCCGUUAUGCAGGUGAUACUCUAUGCCCCCAAUCCGAAUAAUAAUGCCGCCGAUUCGUAUCAAAAUCUUGUCUUCAAUUAUUCCCUCUGGUAUUUGGAACAAUACCCGCGUCGUAAUUGGAUGUUUACUAUGCUUGUCGUGCUCUACAAGUAUUCUUAUACCCAACCUCCGCAAAGUGGUUAUGUAAACUCAGCCAUUCGCAUUAUAAUGAAUAGUUUACGUAAUCAUUUUCAUCAGUGUCGUCGUAUACCGACGACUACGAUUUUGGAUAUACAAGGUACUUCUAGAUCACGAGAUGUUAGUCAACCGUCAUUGGGCACGGAUCCCGAUGAUAAGGAACAAAGUCCACCGGCCAGUCCGAUGUUUCCGUCGGAGGGUACAAGUGGCGCCUCGAAGAGUAAGGGUCAGAAUGUGGCCUUUACACCGAAGUUGCAGCAUGCUUUUAGGAAAUAUAAUGACUCGAGUUUGGAUGCAGAUGAAACUGAAUCGGAAUUGGUGGCCAUACCGGAAAGUGAUUUGUCGGAUAGCACCUUGCAUGGUAGUAGUGCACCGGGUUCCUUUGAUGAUACCAUACACUUCGAGGAAAUCACACCCUCCAAAUUGGAAGCUUUGCGUAAUCGUCGCACCGCCGAGGAUAAUCUGAAGAAUCAAAAGACCAUGAUUACCACAAAGACCGGAGAUACUUAUACGACAAAAAUUAAAACCACAGCUGCGGAAACCGUUUCCACCACCGUUGUGGCCACUCACUCACGCCAUAGUCUCCAAGAGGGCGUACGCAUGAUUGUUACCCCCUUAGUGGGCACCGAACCCUCGGAAACAGCUAUCAUUAGUCCUCCUGUAGAUGUUCAUAGAGCUGUUACCGUGCGCAAUAAAUCUCAAUCUUCAGACACGGCACAUUCUGCAACUUCGAAAAUGUUUGCCGCAAUUGCCACGAACCAUUUGAAGGCCUUGGGUGCCCUACAAGAUAUACCAGCCAAAAUUACCGACACCACGAAAUCGCAAUCUUCGGCAAGUUGUUCCCGUUCCGCAAAUGGUAGCUCGGCUGAAAGUUCAGACAAAAAAUCAAGUGCCAAAUCAUUGACCGUCGAACAGCCACCGCUGCAGAGUGCUGCAUCUAAGAAACCCAUGGGCAGACAUAAGACCAUCAUUGAAUGCAGUGCUGGAACUUCAUCUUCCUCGAAUGGUAACGAUGAUUCCCGGCUAAGUGCCAAUCACAAAAAGGCAUCCAGCAAAUCUUUGAAAUCCAAAUCGGAAAAAGCCUACGGUUCCCCUGAUUCUCCUCUUUCGAAAAUGAGCGUCAUGCCCAAUCCGGUGGAUGAACUGGAACAGAAUAAUCUACCACCACCUAAAAAUAUUGCAGCCCUAGAAAUCCCAACCCCUGAACGUCUGCUACCCAUUGGCACCCAAGAAAGUGUGUCCGCCAUUGCUGAGCGUAUGCGUGAAGGUUUAAAUUUACCCGAUAUAAGUCAUCUGAAACAGGACAGCUUAGAUGUUUCGGAAAGUACCAAGGGAGAUGUAACACCCAGUAGUCGUACCAAUUCACCACGACGUUUAAUUAAACAAGUUGCUUUGGAAGAGCCCAGUGGACAUCAGCAGCAUGGUGCCACAACACCGCUACCCCGUGAGGAUGGUGGUCCUGAUUUACAUACAUCGAUUUUGAAAGCGGUUCAGGAGGGUAAACUAAAUGGUGGCGGUGGUGGAGGAGGAGGUGGAACUACAUGUGCCACCGCAACUGGGGCUAAUGGUAAUGGUUCGGCAAAUAUUCCCGCUAAUACUGCAACACGUUCGGAUAGCUCCAAGAAACCAAGGCAAAAAAUGACACCAUUUGCCGUUGACAUCAAUGCCAUACCGGAUAUACGUUCUCGUUAUGCCGGGUCAUGGCCACCACCACCCUACCAGCCACCAGAAGAUCCCGAUGAUGAUUUGGACGAGGGCCAGGAAAGUAGUACUCACGCCCCGCAUAUUACACAGCCGAAUCGAGUGAGUAGCAGACGUGUCGGCGAUUAUACGGUAUGCGAUCGCUGCUCCGAAUGUGGUGCUUUAUUGGAGGAAUAUACCGAUGAGGAAAUAGGUCUGCUCAUUGUUAUACUGGGUACAUUUAUACAUCGUGAACCGGCAAUGGCUGCACCAUUCCUACCGGAAAUAUUAACCAUUGCAUCCAAAAUUUCUUCCACCUCUACGUUUGCCUGGCAAGGAGAAAAUGGUCCACCCUUGGUUUGCAGUGCCCAGGCAAUGGCAUUGCAGUUUUUGAGAUGUGUGCUGCAUCAAUUAGCUCCGAAUGGUAUUUUCCUGCAGAUACUACAAACCGAAGUUGUCAUGAAAGUUCGUCGCACAACCUUCCGCAGUAUUGCCAAGGCCUUGCAAGAUUUCCAAGAGUUGAAUGCCUCCAGUCCCAUAUAUAUGGUCUGUGAAGCGUUGCAGGCGAAAAAAUCCCUUCCCUUGGAAUCACUACCCAUAAUAUUCCGUAAUAUGUCAGAAUAUCUCCAGUGUGUUGCUCCAGAUGCCAAUAUCGUACAAUCGGCAUGGCCACAAGCUAUGGCCAGUCUCGAAAGUCUUCUACGACAAGUUAUUGUCAUAUUACCGAAUAUUACCAAUCACGAUUAUCUGCUGGAUUUAAUUGUAUCAACAUUGCGUUUAAAUUGUGUACCCAAAACACUACUCGAUCCAUAUUCAAAAAUUGUUGCCUAUUGUGUGCAGCAUACAAAUCUAGAGUAUUCCGUACUCUAUGAUAUUUGCGUCUAUAGUCGUUCAUUCUCACGUGAUCGUGAUAAGCAGUAUUUAUGCCGUCAACUGAUUUUUGAAUUUGUCCAAGCGCUGAAAUUUAAAAUCAACAUUCCCGAUCAUAAUUUGCUAAUGAUUAUUGGAUUUGUUCUAUUGGAUGCUGGUGGUACUUUGCCACCGGGAACAUUGCCGGGUAUACCGGAAAUACCUUCUGCAUUGCCUACGAAUGCAUCGGACUGCUUGAGACAGUAUAUUAAUGAUGUUAUUGAUUUCUUGGCGGAUUUCCAUACGCUCAGUAAGAUUAAGAAUUUCAAAAAUUCCCAAACCCAAAAUGGUUUGGGAGAAGACACAUUGGGCGGUGUCUUGAAGGGAGCUGUUUCUCAAUAUUUAGCCUUGGAAAUGUCGAGAGGAAAUUCACGAGACAACAAGGCCGUAGCGAGGUAUCUACCAUGGCUAUACAAUGCACCCUCAUCGUUGCAGCAAGGUCCUAAGGAAUUCACUGAAUGCGUGGGCCACAUGCGUCUACUCUCCUGGCUACUACUUGGCUCUUUAACCCACAUGGCGUUGAUGCAAAGACGUGCAGCCAUUCACAUUUCCCCAACAGCUAAUCAACCUACAACGACCACAACAAAUCCGCAAACAGGUGGUCAUCAUCCAUCGUCACAUCCCAAUUCGAGUCAUCAACCAAUACCGCAAGAAGCUUCCUGCCACAUUGCUGAUCAUAUUCAAGUUAUAUUUGCCGGUUUUGCAGAACAAUCGAAAACAUCGGUACUGCAUAUGUCUUCCCUUUUCCAUGCCUUUACAUUGUGCCAAUUGUGGACUGUGUAUUUGGAACAAAUUGCACAUACAUCGAAUAAUCCAGAGGGUAAUACAAUGGGUGUACUUUUCGAAUUUUGGGCUAAGGUGACACCAUGUAUUUUGCAAUUGGUGUCACAUUCCAAGCAUAAGGAUUCCAAUGAUUUUUCACAGAAUUCCAAUGCAAAGCUUUCGGAAAUGGUUAAUUUGCAUUUCUUGAGUCUACUGGAAGCAUUGAAGGAAACCAAUUCAACGAUUUUGAGUAAGCUGUUGCCAUUAUGGAGUCCCGUAUUGUCAUCACAUACUCAGCUUUCGGAUACUCUGCAUGUACGCCUACAAAAUGUCCGUGACUAUGCUCCCGACUAUGAGGAACAACAAACGAAUAAUGCCGAAGUCCUUUUGAAGUGGCUGCAACGUCUGCAAUUUAAAAUGGGACAAAUUGAGCUGCAAGCAUCCACCGCAACACAAUUCUAUUCAAUAUAAAUUAAAGAA